UCAUUGACUAUGAAUUUGAAUAGCUUGAUUAGAGCACACACCUUGAUGCUGAAUAGUAGUAUCUGUACACAAUGUGGUAAACUUCUUACCAUCAGAAUCCAGAGGUUAUUACCAGCUGUACAUUUUAAUGGUGGAUUCCACACACAGGUUUCAGAAACCAGAUAUGCAAAAGAGAAGAAAGAGAAGAAAGAUGAAACUAGAAAAAAGAGACCUAAUACAAACAAAGUUUACAGUUUUAUUGAUGAAGCAAUAGCAGGGCAAAUUGCAAAUGCAAUUCUGAAGAAUAGAAAGCAUAAAGAUGGUAUCAUUAUUGAAACAGAUGCAGGUCAGGGAAUACUCACCAGAGCUUUAAUGGAGAAUGGCAAGAAAAUGCAGAAAUAUAUUGCUGUUGAAAAUAAUAUAGAUUAUUUGAUAGCAUUAGAGGAUUUACAAAAGAAGUUGGGAGAAAACACAUUUUUGGUAAAGAAGGGAAAUCUUUCACAUUUUAAAUAUGCCCACAAAUUUGGUGGAUUACAAGGAAAAAUAGAUUUAGCAGAUAUUGUCCCCUUAGAGAAUAAGAAACAGAAAGUGACAUUUGUUGGUAAGAUGUCUGAAGGCAUUGACUUUAGCAUGGUAUUUCAAAUGUUAGAAGAGCUUGCAGAAAAGGAAGGAGUGUUCAGUAAUAUAAUCCCUGAGUAUUUCUUCUUUGUAUCACCAGCUAUGUGCAGGAGACUUCGAGGCAUUGAAUUUAGAGGAUGUAGUUUAAAAUAUUUCCUACCCUUUCCUGUGAUGAUGCAUCAGCUGUUCAAGAUAAAAUAUAUUGAUAAGGUUCCAUUAUCAUCAUUAAAUUUACUACCUGUUAGAAAGUUUCACGAGUUAAAGUUACCUGAUGAUGUUGUUACUGGAAGUAAUGGUUAUUUAUUCCAUAUGGUUCCAAGACUUCAUGUGAUAAGAGAAGUGGACAACAUUCAUCAUUUAUAUAAAUUCUUAUUUCAAGUUAUCACAAAGAAAAAGAGGGAAAGAUUCAUUCCAACGAUAUGUAACAUGUUCCCUGACAGUGGAAUACAUCUUGUAUGUAUGGGUAUUUUAAUGAUAGACAGACUUGUUGAUAUAAGCCCACAACAAUACUUACAGAUAUAUACAGAAAUGAAGACUUGGCCUGGAUAUGAGGAAUCUAUUAUACAUUCUAUGUUAUCUGAUUCUGACACCAAGGAUGAAAAAUCUCAUGUAGAGCACGGUCCCAUGGAACAUCAUGAAGAGCAUGACCUUAUGGAAUACCAUGGAGAACAUAAAGAACUAAUCAAACAUCAAGAACAUCAUUGUGAGAUAACAGAACAUGAGGAAAAUUAACGCGAUUUGAAUGAGCAUUGUAAAUAGCAUAAUAAAUUAAUAUGAUGUGACAAAGAUCCUGAUGCCCUUUGGAAACUUAUCAAAGAAUAUAAUUCAUUGACAACUACAAUUCAAACUAUAAUAGAGCUAAAGAAUACUGCAAUAAUCAUAUAAAUGGUGAUGGAUGUAACUAGUCCUCAGGGCAGUGCAUGUAAUACUAGACAGAGCAACUAGUAUACAUGUAGAAGUCAGUGAUGUUUGGUUGUUUUGAAUCCAGCUUCUUUUACAGUAAUUUGGACAAACACGCCUUUGAGGAAGAAAUAAAAAAGACUUGUUGAUAUUUAUUGAAUAUAUUGAGGAAAUAUAACAAAACAUGUUAUCCAUUGUUUGUGAACCAAUAUGUUCAUUUGGUUCCAAAUUUGUUUAAAAUACCCAUUCCUAUUUUGGUGUGGGUAACCACUACAUUUCAUUCACAUUUUUAUAGGAUAGGGAUAUCAAUUAUGAUCAACGCAUGAAGACAUUCAUCUCUCACCUAACUUACCACAUUCAUAAACUGGUUACUUCUUACUUCUUUAAGUACCCAGUAUACUCAUAGAUUAUCGUUGGUCAUCUCAACAACAUUGAUUUUCUAGCUGGAGCUGGUACAGCAAAAUUGAGAAAAGCAAUCGAGUUGAAAUGACCAAUGAUAAUCUGUACAUCGAUAUUUACAUAUGGUGACAUUGUUAAUUUCCUUGACAAUAACAUGUGUGCCCUAAGUUUCUAGCGAUUAUUUUUCAUUUUACUCUACUGUGCAGAGAAUGGCUAUUAUCAGUCAGUAAGAUCAAGGGAAAAUUUCUUAAAAUAGCAAUAACUAUCAUUUUAUACUACUUCCAAAUAUUCAACUGAUAAAACAAUCUGCAAACAGAUAUUUGAUUGAAUAAGGAACAACAUCAAAAGUUAAAUGUAGGAUAAAAAAUCUUACCUGGUAAUUCAGUUAAUAAAUUUCUUUAUAUUUUAUAACUUUAUUCCGUUUUUAGAAUCUUUUGGUAUGUUUCACAUAAAAGCUUGCAACUUAGAUUGAUCUUAGGACAAAAAUGUUUCAUUUAAAUGAUACAUACCCUUCCCUGGUUUCUCCAUGAAGACAUUUUUUAUUCUUUUUCAAGUAAGAUUUUAUUCCACAACAGCCUUUUCUCUGUGUUGUUCCAUUGACAUAAAGCUUAUCACGACAACAUAGAUCUCUAUCCUUGUUAUAUUCUUUUUUCCCACAGUAAUGUUGUGUUUCCUUAAAUUUGACAUGUUCGUUACUACAAAAUAAUAUUCAUUGUCAAGCUUCAGGUUUUUUUUUAACAACAAAUAUAUUCUUUAUUCUAAAGAUAUCUUGUUACAAUUAUACUUCACUGUCCAAGCGCCAGUGGAGUAUUCGUGUGAAAAAACUUCUGAGUUGCCAGGAACAUACUCAGAAUAUAAUAAACAAUAUUACAAAAACUAUUACAAUAUAUUCAACUUAUUCUAUUAAAUAUUUUCUUCAAAUUUAUGAAAAAUACAUUUUGAGAAAUUA